AUGUGUGACGACGACAAGAAUCAAUCGCUUCUCCAGCUGAGCCGGCACCAUGGCGCGUCAAUCAUCACGCAGCUUGUCGAUAUAGGUAGCGAAUGCAACCAGCAGAAGCACCUCAAAGCUCGCGCUUUCAUCCGCAGCCUUCAAUGCCUCGAACCAAUAAACUUAGAGCUGUGCCGCCGAUCAAUCAACGCCUUCAGCGAGCGGCGAUAUGUCGCGCUUUCCUACACGUGGAUUCCAUCAAAGGACGAGGAUCCGAGUCGCCCGGAUGUAGGGUGGUACCCCGUCGAGACAUGGGACAAGAAGGGUAUCGAACGCUCAUCGGUCCGAAAAUGCGUUCUCAACCGCGCACUCCGCUAUAUGAGCCACUUUGAUGUUGGAUUUCUUUGGAUCGACGCGCAUUGCAUCCGUCAAGACACAUGCAGCGUGGAUGGUUGCGUCCGCCACUACAGUUGCGUUGAAAAACACAAGUCUUUAAAAGCUAUGGACUUAGUCUACCAACUUAGCGAGCACCCGGUGGCGCUCCUGGGCCGGCCGCUAAAGUCAGAAUUUGAGUUGCACCUCCUUGCACGGGUUCUCGAGGGAGACUUUUUUGCCGGCGACUCCGAACCUCGGCUUUCGACAAAUGAUAUUGUCAUGACAAGGAAGGCGCUGUCACUGCUUAGCGAGAUUACUCAGGACAGCUGGUGGUGGCGGGCAUGGACUUUUCAAGAAAACUACCGCGGCGGCAAGCGGAUGCGGCUGUUGAUCUGCCAUGAUAGGUCCCUGGAGUUGCAAAAGCGAAGGUACCCUGUAUUUGGCGAAAUACCCGAGGAGCUAUGUAUCUCCUCCGUCACCUUCUCAACGGAAACAACGAGGCUUUGUUUGGCGCUCCGUGCGGUAACAUGGCUAGCACCGUCGGACAUUGAGCGGAUUGAGUUCGUAAUUCGGGCUGCCGGUAGAUACUCACUGACAGUCCGAAGUUCAGACUCGAUGACUCCGACAGUAAUUGCCGAUGUCGAGGCUCGCGGACUGUCGAAACCAUGGGAUCGACUGGAAAUUGUGGCCAACUGUUGCCGGUACCCAGUAAGGCUGGAUGGCAAAGUCCUGAGUCAGCAACGUUGCAGUCCUAGUCUAUCAGUUCUGGCGAUGUCUCUGCUAAAUGGGGAGAUUCUCAAGAACGACGAUCAUGGGAUAGCAUCAGUAUCGGGGCUUACAGCAUCGGAGUUCCUCAACAGUAUGAUGUUCCGGGACUUCAAGGCGCCUGGAGAGGAUACUCGACCGCUUACAUUCAACAAGGGGUGCCGGCUCAUCAACGUAAGAUUGACGACCGAUGGCAUUGCUACGAGUGGCCAUAUAUGGAGACUGGGUCGCAUUAUCGAUACUGCAAAAUUCUCAAGAGUGCUGCCGUGGAUCGAUGAACCACAAGGUCGUUUGAAAUUGCUUCAGCGGAAGUCCUUGCUGCAGCUUGUCCGUCAUCUUCACAGAAUACGACACCAUCAGCUGGCCAACCGAAUUGAUGACUACCUAGCUGCCGAUUCCCGCGCAGGGGAAUCCUUUAGUGGGUUUACCGACCUGUUUCUCUACCGCAUGGCCAUGGAGCUGGCCGAGGCAAUCCUAGCGCGCCAGAAGUUGAGGCUAGGAAGCAUCUGGAAUCAAGGGACGUCGGCGCCGUACCGUGCCAUUUUUAUGUGGCCAGAAAAAGAAAGGGAUGCGCCUCCAGCUUUCGUCUUUACAUCGGUGAGGCAGGGCAAUCUUGGCUCGUAUUUAUAUGAUGCUCACGAUAUUGACUGUCACGUGUCGUUGGUGGUAGAAAUUGAGCGCUCCUUCGGAGGCAGCGGCGUACAGUGGCUCCGCGUUCAAAACUGGCUGCUUGGAAUGUAUUUCUUCGAUGAUUGUCCGCGCACUAGAGUUGUGUUUCCCUGGCCGGAAUCUCUACGGGCUGUUAGACCAUAG